AUGCAAAGCAUCCCUGGCUCAUCUGCCCAGAACCAGGUCUCUGCCUCUCUAUCUGCUCCAAAGAUAAAUGUCAGUCAGUUGGACAGCAUUCUUGCCUCAAAGGCCUCGGAAAUCGUUGACGACGAGACCAUCUAUAUCAAUUCCAUAGUGUCCAGCCCUCAAAAGGAGAGCGAUGGCCAAAAUGCCUUUAUUUCUUAUCUUAUCGAGACCCACACAAACAAUCCUGUUUUCCAAUCCAAAAAUAUCAAGGUCAGAAGAAGAUUCUCUGAUUUCUACUUGCUCUACCAAUGUCUCCUAAACGACUAUCCAGCCAGUAUCGUACCUCCAUUGCCUGAUAAACAGAGACUUGAGUACAUCAAGGGUGAUCGUUUUGGCUACGAUUUCACAAAUAAAAGAUGUUCAUCUUUAAACAGAUUCUUGAAAAGAUUGUCUUUGCAUCCUGUACUAAAAAGAGCAAAAAUUUACCUUAUUUUCCUAGAAAGUGCUGAUUGGAACUCCUACAAGAAAAACCUCAAUUUAAAACACUCCAUAUACUCUUCAUCAAAAUCAACUAACGAUAAUGACAAAAAUUUAAUAUUUGAAUCCAUCUCGUCAGCCCCCUCAAUGGUUGAUACCUUAUCCGACGCAUUAAUGAACGCUUUUAAAUCCCCUCAACAACAGCCAAAUAAAGAAUUUCUAGAAAUCAAUGAAAGAUGCAAUAAGUUGAAUGAAAAUAUCACCAAAAUCGACAAAGUGUUUCAAAAAUACGUUAAAAAAAUUGGCGACUUGGACACUAAUUAUCUCAAUUUCUCUAAACAAGUUUUAAGACUAAACGAACUAGAAAUAGACAAUGAUUUAACUUUUGAUUCAAUUUUAAAUCCACCACCUAUAAACAAUAAACUAUCGUAUGGCUUAAACAAAUUGAAAACUUAUAUUGAUAAUGACUACAUAACUUCAUUAAAGGACUUGGAAAAUUAUAUAUAUUCAAUCAAAAGUAUAAUGAAACUAAAAGAACAAAAACAACUAGACUAUGAAGCAUUGACCGAAUAUCUAAGCAAAGCAAUUAACGAAAAAAAUACAAUCACAAAUGGUGGCUCCACUGGUAGCUUUUUAAGUUCAAAAUUUGAUGACUUGAGAGGUGUCAAUACUCAAUUACAAAAAAAGGAAAAACUAAUCAAAUUAAACUCAAAAAUUGAACUACUAGAAAAAGAAGUGGCAAAAACUAAAAAAAUCACUGAAAUUUUUGAAAAUGAAAUAUUACACGAAGUUCAAUACUUUGAUGUAAUCAAAAAUAACGAAAUUAAAGAUAAUCUAAUUAAUCUCGGUGAUAAUUACAUUACUUUUUAUAAGGAUAUGAUUUCAACUUGGGAAGAUGUUGAAAAAGGUUUGGAGAAGGAUAUAUAUGAAUAUGAAAGAAAUUUAAGACAAUAA